UUAAAAAGAAAGAAGAAAAUUUAGGAUGGGUGGGUGCAUCCAGAAGCAAAGCAAAGGCAUGAUGAGGUUAUUAGGGUUUUAGAGAUGAUGAAAUGAGAAGUCGAAUGGCAUCAUCGUCAUCGGCAUUUCUGGUGAUCUGCAUCCUGCACUCGUUAAUAGCAGUGACAUGUGGGGGGCUGAUGAUGUUCUACAUGAAGGAGGUCUACACCUUCGGCCACGGAGUGCAGGCCGCCACCAAGCUCUUGGGAUCCACGCCGCACGACCAGCUUCUCAUCAAGACCUCCGAUUCCUUCUCCGGCUUGCUCCUUGUCGCAAUUGGGUUCCUCCUCUUCAUGGUCUCUUUUGUUAAAGAUCGUGACUUUCAGGUCUUCUUCGCCAAGGGUUGCACGCUCCUCCACCUCUUCAUGGCGAUGUGGAGGGUCUACUUUGAACGCAAGGUUGAGGAUCUCGCUUGGGAUUGGCUCCGCCAGACUGUUGGCGAUUUUCUCUUGGCCCUUUCGUGGGUUUUCUUCCUUGUUUACUCUUGGAGGGAGAAUUGGAGAAGAAGAUGCAAUCCAGAUGGAGAUGAUGAGAGAGUUGGGCUGCUUUCUUUUGGCGUUUUAGUUUUAUGUGCUGUCAAAAUCCAACAUCUUUUAUAUUUGAAGUUGUUAAUUUGCAACUUUACCUUAAUUUGUGAUUGUGACUUGAAUAUUGUAAACGAUCACCUUAUGCAUUUUUCAAGGGUCGCCAGUCCAAUCUGACAAGUCCUUCCUCUGCCCCAUGUACUCUUCAUCAGGCGAAUGCUGAGAAAGUAUGUUAACCACUGCUAGAAACUUGGUGGUUUCAAACAUAUUUGGCAAGCAAGACAGCAAGUAUCCUUCUGGGUCCUCCAAAAAUUCUUUGUACUCUAAAUCAUCCUCUUUGGGCAACAACUUCUUCAUGUGUGGGGAACGCAUUGGGACAUACCCACCAAGAGGGUAUUGCCCAAAAUUCACAGCUGAAUGCUGAACUGAAGCAACCCAUAUGAGUGUGGUGAGUAUUGAAGUAAGAUCACUAGGAGUGGAGAGUGUGGGCCACCAACUUGCAUUUGCAUGAUCAGCGUGGCCAACAUUGGUGACCUCACUAUACCAUGAUUGAAGCUCACUAUCAGAUCGAACCAUGAUCCUAUCACUGUAAUAGUAGUUCACAUAAGUCCUAACCAAGUUCUCCAAAGCAAACCAUAUAAGAAGUCCAUCAUUUGCAUAAGGGUAGUCUUCAAUCAGUAGUCUUAGUCCAUGGGGAUGUGUUGGAUCAGGUUCUGCUAGUCCCCUGCAUAUUGAUUAGAACAAGAUAAUGAGAUCAUAAAUUCAUAAUUUUGUACGUUAUUUAAAGAGAGAAGUGCACAAAUAAUUGUUUUCGUGUGAUA